AUGUCAUCGACAGAAUGGAGCAAUUGGAAUGCUUCGACGCCGGGUAAUUCUCAAGGAGAGUGCUUCGCAAUAAAUUCGACAGGGUCUGUGGGCGAGCCAGGAUCGGCGGUCAGAGAAGUAGCCGGGAUAGCCGGUGUCGAUCGAAGGUACGUUGCGUCCCCUGUUCGUGUGGUUUUUCAAGCAUCGAGUCACAGGGAUAACCAUGAUUGGCGAGGACGAACGCAAUACAUCAAAGGCGAUGUUAGAAAGUACCUUUCGCUUUUGCCGUCACGGCAAGAACACCCACCACCAACUUCGCAAGCCAAUGCUGAAGUACUGGAGCUCAAGUUCGAAGGCAUAAAUAGUCCAGAGGCCUUCCGUCUGCUUCUUCCAUUGCGGAACUAUACGAGCGCCGAUAACGGACUUGCAACAUAUGUACCGCCGACAGUCACUGAAACAGCAGGUGGAGAAAACAAAAGGCGGAAAGUCAAGAACCAGACUCCAAUGAACCCUUUAUCGAGAGCCCCAACGAACGGCGAGCCACAGUGGUGGGAAAUGGUGGUGAGAAAAUGGAAGUUUGAUCAUGAUACUGGGCAUCUGGGCCACAGCCCAUAG